CGUGAAUGAAUCGUUUUGUUUGUGUUCUUCCGUGAUUUUCUUCUUCUCCAUUCUGGGUUUUUUGACCGUUGAUUUUCUUCUAAAACCCCCAUUUCUCUCUUUACCUUCAUGAUCGUCUCUGUCAGUGGCAGUGUGUGAUCAAGCAUUCUUACACUAUUCUCUGUUACUUCCCGCCGGCCGUGAUUCAUUCAUCCCACCAGCCCAGAGAAACCUUAUGAAUCUGGCAAGAAACACACAGCAAUAUCCUUGUGAUUUUGGUUUCGAUUCGAGCUUGACGAAUUCGUAGUGUACGAAAAGUUUGAAGAAAGGGUAGAAAUUGAGAUAUGGGAUGUUCCAUGUCAAAGCUGGAAGAUGAAGAGGCAGUUAAACUUUGUAAAGAUCGGAAGAGUUUUAUCAAACAAGCUGUUGAGCAGAGGAGAUUAUUUGCUUGUGGACAUCUAGCCUACAUUCAGUCAUUGAAACGAGUAUCUGCCGCUCUUCGUGAGUAUGUCGAUGGAUACGAGCCUCGUGAGCAGUUGUUAGAUUCAUUCAUUACACCUCCUUACACAUCUGUAAAGAAAACAAGUCCUGGUUUUAUAUCCAUAACGCCGAAUUCGUUCUCGACGCUUCCUAUCGAAUCUAAACCGAAUAGAGUGGUGAGAGUAAAUUACCUUAGAUCAGGAGGGAAUGGGGCAGUUUCUGUAGAAGAGAGACCUCAAUCACCUGAAACUGUGAGAGUUCAAUCUUAUUCACCAAUGAAUCAGUAUGGAUUUGAUGGCUUCUUCCCAAUGCAAUCCUCACCAAUGAAUUCCUCAUUCUUCUCUUAUUCUCCUAACAACAGACCAAAUAUCCCUCCCCCAUCACCCGAACAUUCGCAAUGGGACUUUUUCUGGAACCCGUUUUCGUCUUUGGAUAACUAUGGCUACCCCUCGAACAUUGGUCUCAAUCAUAUGGCAAUCGACGAUGAGAUACGAGGGCUAAGACAAGUUAGAGAAGAAGAAGGGAUUCCUGAACUGGAAGAAGAUGAAACCGAGCAGGAAGACAAUAGCAAUAGAGUAAACGUCACUGAAGAAAGAACACGAGGGAGCCAAAGUUGUUGUAGAGAGGAAGUUGUUGUUGAGGACGUGGAUGAGGACGAAGAAGACGAGGAUGACGAUGAGGACGAGGAUGAGGACGAGGAGGAAACAAACAAUGGAAGUGAGAUGGAUCUUGAACCGGAAGGGAAGAUUGAUGUAUCAAGGCUCCAGAAUGCUGGACCUAUUGCAAGUACAAGCCAAGAAUCGGGGGUAGCCGAUCCCGAAUCCAAGGAAGAAACACCGGGUUUUACUGUUUAUGUGAACCGAAAACCGACGAGCAUGGCAGAGGUAAUCAAAGAACUGGAAGCUCAGUUUAUAGCAGUUUGCAAUUCAGCAAAUGAGGUCUCAGCACUUUUAGAGGCUAGAAAAGCUCCAUAUAUGGCCACUUCAAAUGAACCUUCAGCAAUGAAAAUGUUGAACCCAGUAGCUCUAUUCCGCUCGACUUCAUCUCGUUCUUCCUCAUCGAGAUUUCUAAUCAGCUCUUCAGCAACUAAGGACGAAAGUGCUUACGAGAGCAAUGGCAACGUAUCGGAAGAAUCCAGCUCAUUUUCACACAGUCAUCAAUCGACAUUGGAUCGAUUAUAUGCUUGGGAGAAAAAGCUCUACCAGGAAGUGAGGUCUGGAGAAAAGAUUCGAAUCGCGUACGAGAAGAAAUGUAAUCAACUCAGGAACCAAGAUGUAAAAGGCGACGAUCCAUCUUCAGUGGAAAAAACAAGAUCUGCCAUGAGAGGUCUCCAUACUCAGAUAAAGGUUUCGAUUCACUCAGUUGAAGCUGUGGCGAAAAGAAUCGAAACUUUAAGAGAUGAAGAGUUGCAGCCUCAACUUCUAGAAUUGGUUCAAGGGUUAGCAAGGAUGUGGAAAGUAAUGGCAAAAUGCCAUCAAUUACAGAAGCGAGCUUUAGAUGAAGCAAAGCUUCUACUCGCCGGUAUACCGUCGAAGUCAGACAGUAGAAAGCUCUCUUCAGCUCCGGUCAUUGAGCCAACUUGGUUAGCGCGUGCAUCAGCCAAUCUCGAGAUAGAGCUCAGGAACUGGCGAAGCUGUUUCGAGUCAUGGAUCACUUCUCAGCGAUCCUAUGUGCACGCAAUAACUGGAUGGCUCCUCCGGUGUGUAAAUUCGGAUUCCUCCGACACUACGAAGCCUCCAUUUUCACCUCGUAGAUCGAAUGCAUCUGCACUUCCAAUAUUUGGACUUUGCAUCCAAUGGAAGAGGUUCUUGGAUGACGUUCAAGAGAAGGCAGUGCUAGACGGGCUCGACUUCUUUGCUGCUGGAAUGGGGUCGCUCCAUGCACAACAACAGCAAAGAGACGACCCUCACCGCGUUCGAGUUGGGUCGAAGAGAUUCGAAGAAUCAGGGGGGAACAUGGAGAUGGUAGAGUUUGGGAAGGUUGAAGAGGUGAUGAGUGGAGAAAAAAUGGCGGAAGUAGCCAUAAGGGUGCUGUGUGCUGGGCUGUCAUUUGCUAUGAGCUCACUGACUGAAUUUGCUAUCAGUUCUGCGGAUGGAUAUAGUGAUCUUCUUAAGAAAAUGCCAAAAGGAGACAGCAGCCAAAUGGCACAAUAGGCUCAUCAAGUAGGAUUGGAAUGUAAUUACAAAUGCUUUAUUUGUAGCUUAGUAUUCUUUAUUUGGCUUCAUAGUUUAAAUCUAACUUAGCUUCAUGUAAUUUUUGCUACUCCCUCUCUUAUUUUUUUUAGGGUGCGAGUUAGUUUGAUCUUUGUCAAAGUUGAUAUCAAUAAAAAUCGAGUUAGUUGUAUA